CCUCCCACGGUUGGUAAAGUUUACCAACCUAAGAAUUCAAAGAUCCCGAUCAACAAUUUCGUUUCGUUCCACCUACCCAACGUUUUACUUUAACCGUACCUGCAGGCAACGAUCAUCAGCAUGCUGAUUGUAUAGAGAGCAGCGAUGGUUGUUUUAAGUUUUUUUUUAAAAAAAUUGCUGGCGUAUUAUUAUGUGGUCCCGAGGUUAAUAGGGUGAACCGGCGAUCAUGCUCAACCUGGUGCGUCCAGCUCAUAAAGACUGAUUCGGAAGUGAAACAGCCUUGUGAUGGUGCCUAUCGGCUGGACAAGUUUUGCUUAACUGACUACCAGUUGUUAAUCAUUUGCCGUGAAACUAGUAAAAAUGGUUUAGGUUACACUUAGAAAUGUGUUUGUUCGAUAACUACCUUCCAUAGACCUUGAUGCAUUCUCAUGUCGCUUAGGACCCUCAUGUUCACGGUAGGCUGCAUUUUCUCAUGUUGAGGGUCUUCUCUGGUGCUAGCAAUUUUUCACUCUUCCCUAGGUUGAGUUUUUUUAACUUCUUUGAGAAGGUUAUCUCUAGGCCGUACGACGAGUUGUUCUUUUUUCCGAACCUGAUUUCACCUAUUUUGUUACCCUUCGUAAAGCAAUCCAAACCGGACGAACUUGGUGACUCUCCGUUCAGAUACCACAGUGAUUGGGGUGAAGGACUUACCGACGUGCGAGAAUCCGUCAUCUGUGUACUUGAUGUAGCUAACGAGAAUGUGUCGUGCAUUGUUUCUCCAUCCCUGUUACCUGGAUUCACACCUACUCAUCCCGUUUGGUGUCCAAAUGACGAAGGUCUGAUCUUCCUUGGAUAUGCUUUGAAGGCUUAUCGUUUAGGAGUCAAGUACUGUCUCCAGCGCGCAUGCCAGCUGUUUUUCCUCGACUUCCGCACCCAGAAAUUUCAUGCGCUCAGCGAGGCAAACAAAGCGGCUGAUUGCCCUCGUUUCAGCCCUGAUGGCAGUCGUCUAGUGUGGUUGGAAAAUUCCGUCGGCGGACCCCAUCAACAAUGUCGCUCACUGAUUGGCCUCGAUUGGCCCUGGAUCGAGGGUAAAUCGAAACCACAAACUCUUGUACCUGUGGUGGAUUCUCCUGAAAGACCUAACGGCUUUCCAGGACUUUACUGUGGUUUGCCAGAACACUGCUGGACUGCAGACAGUCGUUGCUUGGUCGUGUCAUCCAUUUGGGGCUUUGAUCUUGCUCCGCUGUUAAUUGUUCUCCCGGAAACAUUUGAUGGCCGUUUGGCUGAAAUUCGGAAAAUCCCCUUCAUCAAUGAUCUCGGUUGUCUUGAGGAUAAUGGAAAUAAUCCUAUUUCGGUUGACAUCCUGGAUGUUCACUUUGACGUCGUCGCCGCUUGCUUUAGCUCCCCGGUUCAUCCUCCCUGUCUGGCUGUCAUGCACGUUCCAGAAACGGAAGGAGGAAGUGACACUUCGUCUUGGUUGGCUAGGUACAAGUGGCAAAUCAUCCCCUCUGGAGCGCUUACCAAUAAUUCUGGAAGUAUGCCACCUUUUUUCUCCGGAAUAAAUUACUCCAUCAUUCGGUCUUCUCGGACAAGUUGUGAGGCACUGUUAGCACGGCCAAAUGGCAGUGUCAUCAAACUUCAAAAUAAGGAAGCUGACACUUCGCAGUUCGGUGAAGUUCCACUGCGAAACUCACAACCUCGUGGCCUGAUUGUUUUCCCCCAUGGAGGCCCACACAGUGCCUUCACUUCGUCGUGGUCCCCAAUGCUGGUUGGUUUCAUGGCUUCAGGAUUUGCUUGCCUGUUGGUGAACUAUCGUGGAUCCUUGGGAUACGGGCAAGAAAGUUUGCGUUCACUGUUGGGCAACAUUAGUCGGUGUGACGUAGAGGACUGUGUUGAAGCGACUCAUUCGGCCUUGACAUUGCUUGAGAAAGAAUUUGGUUGUCAACUUCCCGCUGUACUUUUCGGUGGAUCACAUGGGGGAUUCCUUGUUCUACAUCUUGCUGCUCGGCAUCCAGCACUUUACCGCGCCGCAGUGGCUCGUAACCCAGUCAGCGAUCUGAUCACUAUGUCGAGCAUCAGCGACAUCCCGGAUUGGACGUAUGCCGAAUCGGGUCUGGAUAACGGUGAGCCAUGGAAUUUGGGCACCAUACCAAGUUUAUCCGAGCUGGAAGUGCUGUCCAAAAUGUCACCUCUGUUUCACUUAAAUUGCUCGUGGUCCGUCCCACUGCUACUUCUGCUGGGUGCAAAAGAUGUCCGAGUUCCUAUGUCUCAGGGUAUCAACUUUUACCACAAACUCAAGGCACUCAGUCCGUCUGUGGCUUGUGAAGCCCAUGUAUAUCCACAAGAUGCUCAUCCUUUGGAGUCACCAGCAGCAGAUAAGGAUGUUUUCCUCCGAACAGUCAAUUGGUUCUACACUCAUCUCCAACUUUCCGUCCGCGGAAUGUCAGGUGUCGAUUAUGCUUUGGAAACGUUUCUUGAAAACGAAGAUGACGAACUGGAGGGAUCAGAUCCUCUGAGUCAGUCAGCGACCACUGGUCUCAUAUUUCUUGUCGAUUGCACACCAACCAUGCUCGGGUUGGGGAACGCUGGUUGCGAACCCUUCGGUCUUAGACUGGCACUGCGCUGUUGUCAAACGGUGCAACAGAACAAAGCAAUCAACUCACCUUGGGACGUGAUUAGUCUUGUAUUUAUGCGUACAAGGGAAUCAUCUUCUGACCUGCGCCAUAUCUACGUCCUGCAGCCCUUGACAACUCCAGAUGCCGAACGUAUCUUACAGCUGGAGUCGUUACAGAAGUUGGAUGAAAAAGAGCUAGAAAGUCGCUUUGGAACAAUUGCCGACAGGAAAGAUGCACAUUUCGGUCUACAUGAUGCUCUCUGGGCCUGUCAAAACAUGUUUUCAAGUUGCUCUAAAACUUUGGCUGAUCGGUGCAUAUUCCUCAUAACGGACGAUCCGGAUCCUUCACAUGGAAUGGCGCAACUAAAGCGUCAAGCUAUCAUCAAGACGAACGAUUUGAAACAAAUGGGAAUCGGGCUGGAAAUACUUCCUGUUAGACGACCCGAGAAAGACGCAUCCGAGUUCGAUUUUGAUUUAUUUUAUCAGGAUUUAUUAUCCAAUGGAGAUUUCGAUUUCUUCCCCGCGGACACUGCGCCUGCACGUACGGAUGCAGCCGAACGAAUAGAACAGUUACUCUCCCGAGUUUGGAUUAGAGAACUCAAGCGACGCCGUUUGACACGGAUUCCUUUUCAUCUUGGUCCUGGUAAAGAAUUCGCCUUAGGCGUGUCUGUAUUUUGCCUUGCGCGUCGUGCCCGACCUCCGGUUUCUGUGUGGCUAUCAUCUGCAGACAACAAACCUGUUACUGUACGCCGUCAUCGUUAUAAGGUCAGCAAAUCGAAUGGAGAAUUCGAUCCUACUGAGGAUCUUUUAUUGCCGCAUGAUUUGAUCCGUGGAGUGAAGGUCGGUUCGCGUCAUUUGUGCUUUGAGCAGGAGGAGAUCAGUGAAAACAUUCGGGAUCUUGCGCCAGUUGGAAUUCACCUUCUGGGCUUCAAACCAAUUCACCGUCUUAGGCCAUAUCACCACAUCCGAGCUCCACAGUUCAUCUAUCCCGAUGAAUCCUACAUUCGCGGCAGUCGUCUUUGGUUCACCACACUGCUUCAGGUUUGUCUCAAUCGACGUCUGUUCGCUAUGGCUUUGUAUGUGCAGAGGAAGAAUAUUCCGCCACGUUUGAUUGCCUUAAUUCCCCAGGAAGAAAACCUGGACGAAGAUGGUGCGCAAGUAUAUCCUCCUGGGUUUCACAUAAUUUUUCUCCCGUAUUGUGAUGACUUUCGAGAUUUGGAACUGCCAGAAUUCGAGUUGGCUUCAGAAGAGCAGGUAGAGGCGGCUAAAGCAGUGGUGAAAAAGCUGAUGGUUCCCUACGACCCCAGACAGAUCAGUAAUCCUAUCCUGCAACGACACUACGCUGUACUGGAGGCUCUGGCUCUCCACAAGGAUCACGUGGACGAUGUACCCGACAGCACAAUGCCUAAUUUUGGAGCGAUCCAACGGCGUGCUGGAAAUGAGAUAGCCAACUUCAAGCGGGUUUGCAACCUGGAAGAAAGUGUUCCGGUUAAACGUCCGAAAGUGGCUGCAGAUUCGAAAAAAAGGCGCGCCUCUCCAUCUAAUAAAGCCAUGUCAACAGAGCCGGAUUUCACUGAGGAGUACUUGAGAGACCUCAACAACCAUGGCGAACUGAAGCGAUUCACGGUUCCCGUAUUGCGUCAGGCGCUGAAAUUUCUCAAUUUGGUCCCACUGGGUACGAAAAAAGCAGAGUUGAUCGCACAGAUAGACAAACAUUUUGCUGAACGCUCCUGAGACUUUUGUUUUCAUUUAUACCACUAUUUCCCAAUCAGCAUACUUUUACUGUGC